CCUAGCCCUAGCCCUAGCCCUAGCACUCGCCCUCGACCUCGCUCUCGCUCUCGCCUGUCUCCCCGAUCCAAAUAGGUACGAUUAAUCCUUUUCCCCCCUC